AUGUCCCUGCGUAAGUAUAUUGAGCAGGGUAUCGGGUGGCUUGAGCCAGAUAUCCGGAAUCGUGUCGAGGAGCUGGCCAAGUCCAGCGAACGGGUCAUCACGGCCCGCGAUCUCCUUUUACAUGAGAACUCCGAGUUGACUAGGCAGAACGAUGCCAAUAGUACUCGAGCAUCAAGGAAGUGGAUUAUCGUGGGGAAGGGGAAGAUAAUGAGCUAUGAGGAUAUCAAAGAAGCGAUCAGGAAGCGUGAAGAGGAGGAAACUCUUAAAAGAAGCCAUCUUGCGCCUGACGCGAACAAUCCAGGGCCGACCCCUCGAGGCAAGGCAGUAAUCAUGCGAAGAGGCGAUUCAAUUGGCGCAAGAGGAAUGGCGAGCGAACAAUAG